AUUCGAGUGUGGCAACCCCACUGCUAAAUUACCUCCAAAACACCCAAUCAGAAACCUAAUUUGGAGUGUGGUUCAGAUCAUUUCCCUUUCACCAAGAUUUCUCAAAAUUCCCUAAAUCCUCUGUAAUUUCAAUUCCAAACCCUAAACCAGUACAGAUUUCAAUUUUUGUUUCUUAUAUAUGUAUUGGAGUGGGAAUUAUGGGGUUUUUUAAAAAGCUCGCCGGGUUGUUAGGGUUCGCUAAAGAUGAAGACCACCUGCACCACAACGACGCCGCUGAUGACAACGACGACGCCGCCGCUCCGGUGUCUUCGCCCUUGGCGGCUGCGGCGGCGGCAGCCGCGGCAACAGCUUCAGCUCAUCAUCUUCCGCGCAGAGGCUUCAGUGUCCCCGUUCAAGUACCCGUCGAGCGGGCCGCACAGCCUCCACUACUCGUAUUCUGCCCUGCCGGAGACGGCGGAGUUCAGGGGUUGAGAUGGUACACAAGGCGCCUUAGAAUAGACGAAGAUGGAGAUGUUGCAGAUGAGUUCCUUGAUGAGGUGUCACCAGAUACAUCAACGAGCAUGGAAGAAAAUGAUCGACCGUUACCAAGAUUUCAAGUCAAGUACAGCACUAAACCUGCUAAAGUGAAGAAUCUUGCACUAUUACCCAAUGGUAAAAUUCAACAUCUCGUGGAGUACCAGGGCAAGCUGGAGUGGAUGUAAAAAUGACCCUUUUGAGAAGCAAUCAGUCAAUUUAUCGGACUGGUUUCUUUCAUUGUCUUGAUGGUGGCCCAAAUUUGUCUUAACACUUACUUUGCUGUAUUACGAGACGUUUAGGGGUAACUGUGGAUCUGCUGUUUGUGGAUAUUCUUCUUUAAUAUUGUCUCGUCUGAUUAAAGUUCUUCAGUUUCCGAGGCAAUGCGCCCCAAAAUUGUAACUUCAAAUUCCAUAUAUAUUUCUAUACAGGCCAUUGAAAGACGAAUAUCAAUUUUUACAUGUUAUGUCGUUUUUGUU